AUGUCAACAAAGAAGUAUGUACAAAUUACUACAACUUGUGCUAAUUCAUGGAACUUAAAAUGGUUUAAUAUGCAAAUUAGAAAUUAUGCAAGUAUGAUGAAAGAUUCUUUGAAAAUGCCCGAUUGUGAAUACAUACCUUCUAUUUACAAGGGUAUAAAUUACGAAGUUGUAAAGAGAGCACAAGAAUUGAUCAUAUCACCUUCUUUGAAGCAAUUUUAUAAAGAACCAUUAUUAAUAUAUGAAGGUCGAGCACAAUGGUUGUGGGAUCAUCGCGGUAAACGUUAUUUAGAUAUGUUCGGUGGAGUUGCUACUAUCUCUGUUGGUCACUCUCAUCCAAAGAUAGUAGCUGCUAUAACUAAACAAGCAUCACAAUUGAACCAUAUAUCUUCCCUUUAUAUGCAUCUUCGUUUAUACGAAUAUGUAACCAAGUUAAUUGGUAAAUUUUCAAAUGAAUUAAAAGUAGUAUAUCUAACAAAUAGCGGUUCUGAAGCAAACGAGUUGGCAUUCUUAAUGGCUAGACUUUAUACACGCAAUCAUAAUAUCCUUUCAUUAAGAAAUGGUUAUCAUGGUGCAACUUAUGGAACCUUAGCAUCAACAGCAAUGAGUACAUGGCAGUACCCAUUUAUUACACAGCCGCCUGGUUACAUACACACUGUAUAUCCAGAUGUGUACAAAGGUACUUGGGGUGGAUCAAAAUGUAGGGAUUCGCUUGUGCAAGUAAUGGGAAGGGAAUGUAACUGUAAAGCUGGAGAGUGUGUAGCUUCUGAAAAAUAUUUUCAGAAAUUUAAUGAAUCGUUUCGUUUUAGUUUACCUUGUACGCAUAGUAUAGCAGCAUUUGUAGCUGAAAGUAUUCAGGGUAUAGGAGGAGUUGUUCAAUAUCCCAAAUAUUUUCUUCAGAAGGUAUAUAAUUAUAUUCAUGAAAUGGGUGGUCUUUGCAUAGCGGAUGAAGUUCAGACAGGUUGCGGUAGAACGGGAGAACAUUUUUGGGGUUUUGAGAGUCACGGUGUAAAACCAGAUAUAGUAACUAUAGCCAAAGGUAUAGGAAACGGAUUUCCUCUUGGUGCAGUAGUUACAAGUAGCGAAAUUGCCAAGAGUUUAAAUUCUGCAUUGCAUUUUAAUACGUUCGGAGGAAAUCCUCUUGGAUGUGUUAUAGGAUCGACGGUACUAGAUAUUAUAGAAGAUGAAAGCCUUCAAGAAAAUGCUCACACAGUGGGUAUUUAUUUAAUCAACCGCUUAAGCACUUUCUUAUUAGAAUUUCCUAAUAUUGUUGGCGAUGUUAGAGGAAAAGGAUUAAUGAUCGGAAUUGAAUUAAUUUCAAAUUAUGAGACAAAAGAACCAUUAAAAACUGAAUAUAUACUUGAGAUCUUUGAAGAUAUAAAAAAUAUGGGUGUACUAGUUGGAAAAGGGGGGUUAUAUGCAAAUGUGCUGCGAAUAAAACCACCUUUAUGCAUAACAAAGAUGGAUGCAGAUUUUACUUUUGCAGUUAUUGAAAGAGCAUUAGAAAAAUACCAAAGAAAAUAUUGUAAAUAAAUUAAAAAGUAA